AUGGCAAAAGUACCGACACGUCAAUUAGGUAAAAAUGGACCUCAAGUAUCAGCUCUUGGAUUUGGAGCUAUGGGUUUAUCAGCAUUCUAUGGUAAAACUGCAUCAGAUGAAGAACGAUUUAAAAUACUUGAUCGAGCAAUUGAACUUGGGUGUACAUUUUUUGACACUGCUGAUAUAUAUGGUGAUAGUGAAGAUCUUUUAGGAAAAUAUUUUAAAAAAUAUCCUGAACAACGUAAAAAGGUAUUUAUUGCAACAAAAUUUGCUAGUAUUAUUUCGCCUGAUUUUAAAAUCUUUUCUCUUCGUGGUGAUGCUGAAUAUGUUCAGCAAGCAAGUGAAAAAAGUUUAAAACGUCUUGGCCUUGAUUAUAUUGAUCUUUAUUAUGCACAUCGUAUUGAUAAAACUGUUCCGAUUGAAGAAACAGUUGGUGCAAUGAAAAAACUUGUUGAUGCUGGUAAAGUAAAAUAUCUUGGUUUAUCUGAAUGUUCAAGUGAUACACUUCGUCGAGCAUAUGCUGUUCAUCCAAUUGCUUGUGUUCAAAUUGAAUAUUCACCAUUUAGUUUAGAUAUUGAACGAGAUGAAAUUGGUUUACUGAAAACAUGUCGAGAACUUGGUGUAGCUAUUGUUUGUUAUUCACCUUUAAGUCGUGGUAUACUUAGUGGACAAAUUAAAAGCCCAAAUGAUUUAGAGGACGAUGAUACUCGAAAAAUGUUACCGCGUUUCUCUCAAGAAAACUUUCCAAAAAAUCUUGAAUUAGUUAAUCAAUUAACUGCAUUGGCUAAACAAAAAGGUUGUACUACCGGUCAACUAACAUUAGCAUGGAUACUUGCUCAAGGUGAUGAUUUUAUUCCAAUACCGGGUACAUCAAAAAUAAAAAACUUAGAAGAAAAUGCAGGAGCAGCUCAAAUUAAAUUAAGUAAAGAAGAAGUCAAAGAAAUUCGUGACGCUUGUGAGAAAGCAGAUGUACAAGGUGAUCGUUACGAUGCACGAUUUAGUGGUAAUCUGUUUAGUGAUUCUGCUCCAAAGAAGAACUAA